AUGGCCCCUUUUCUCCGCUCUCGAGUACUUGAACAUGGCACUUUCGGUGUCUCUCACACCCGUGUCCCCACUGAAUCCCGGCCAGGUCAUGUCGCCCUCAUCGCUGGGUUGUACGAAGAUGUGGCAGCAGUAACGACAGGAUGGAAACUCAACCCGGUCAACUUCGACAGCGUCUUUAAUAGAAGCCACCAUACCUGGAGUUGGGGGAGUCCGGAUAUCCUACCAAUGUUUUCCACCGGUGCUGAACCAGGCCGAGUCGAAGACCAGAUGUAUGAGGCUGAGUUUGAAGAUUAUAGUAAGGAUGCUACGGAGCUAGAUUACUGGGUCUUUGAUCGUGUUAAGAAGUUAUUUGAAGAUGCCGGUACAGACAAAGAGUUGAAUACGAGGCUAAGACAAGACAGGAUUGUGUUUUUCCUACAUUUACUGGGCUUGGAUACUACUGGACAUGCACAUCGACCAUAUUCACAGGAGUACUUAAGGAAUAUCCAAAUUGUGGAUCAGGGCGUACAGGAGAUUACGGAUAUCAUUAAUCGGUUUUACGAUGAUGAUAAGACAGCUUUUAUUUUUACUGCAGACCAUGGGAUGAGUGAUUGGGGGAGUCAUGGAGAUGGACAUCCUGACAAUACUAGGACGCCCCUAAUUGCUUGGGGGUCUGGAGUUGCGAAGCCGAGGACGGUGAAGAGUGGCAAGGCGCCGGGUCAUGAAGAUGGCUUCUCGAGUGACUGGCAACUGGAUCAUGUCUACCGCCAUGAUGUUGCUCAGGCAGACAUCGCGGCUCUUAUGGCGUACCUUGCCGGCCUGGAAUCUCCUGUCAAUUCUGUUGGAGAGCUUCCGUUAUCAUUUCUGGACGCUACUGAUGAGCAGAAAGCAAAGGCUCUGCUCGUUAAUGCGAAAGAGAUUUUGGAGAUGUAUCGUGUUAAGGAGCGCGAGAAGAUGGGUGAAGUUCUACAUUACAAGCCUUACCCUGGCUUUGCUGAAACUAGCAUCGAGAAUCGUCUCGCAUCCAUUGAGGAACUCAUCCAGGAACAAGAUUACACAGCCGCAAUACAACAAUCUGACGAUCUCAUCAAGAUUGCUUUGCAGGGCCUAAGGUACCUGCAGACCUAUGCGUGGCUAUUUCUGCGAACACUGGUUACAGCGGGCUAUCUUGGCUGGAUCGCAUUCUCUUUUACAACAGCCGUAGAUGUCUACGUGCUUGAUGGCAAGAUUGAGGUGCAGAGAUCACCGGGCCUCAUUAUCAGUUUUGUCUCGAUCCUGGUUGGGAUUUAUAGUCUGCUCGCUUUCCAAUCGUCACCGAUCACAUACUACGCAUACGCCUUCUUUCCAGUCUUGCUUUGGGAAGAGGUCUUUGCACGCUCGAGGGCGUUGGCCGAGGGCAGGAAGAAAUUAUUUUCGCAGUUUUCAAAGAGUGAUACAGUCAAGCUUGCAAUAAACACCGCUGCAUGUUUGGCAUUGCUAGAAGUCAUGGUCUAUACGAUUGUCUACCUGGCGGCUACCGCUUGGCCACUGCUCUACGGCACAGAUUUUGUCAAGACAAACUUCUUCCUGUGCGCUAUAUGGGCAUUUUCUUGCGCAGCUAUGAGCGUCUUUACCCUUCUUCCAGCUAACAAAUUAGAGAACAUAACUCUUAUUUCUGCCGGCGGUAUCUUAAUCCUUCUCGUUGGUUUUCUGUAUAUCGUGUUUGAAAAGAGACUAUUGGAGCAGACUGUGCUCUCAAGCGAUAGGCAGAGCGCAGCAGAUGUCAAUGGAGUGUCGAGAGUGAUUCUUGGUUUGCAAGUCGGACUGGUUGCUAUUUCGGUGUUUGUCACGAGGUCGAGUGUGUCUUCUCUGAGGGCGAAGCAGGGACUUCCGUUGGGGACACAGGUUGCUGGAUGGACUACACUGGUUACAUCUCUUGUGAUACCAUUUGCCCAUGCCUUGCGCCCACGAAAACAUCACCUCCUCCGCCAAAUGAUCAUUUUCCUCGCACUUGGGCCGCUCUUCAUAAUUCUUACAAUCUCUUAUGAAGGGCUCUUUUACUUCGCUAUUUCUAUUACUCUCUUUAACUGGGUCCAACUUGAACACAGGAUAUAUCGACAUUCUAAGAAUGACAUUAGCAUUACCUCCGGCGCCCUGAGCUCCAAAACGGGCCUAGAAGAGGAAAUUUCAAUACCGCGGGCAGCGAAGCAGGGAGAGAAGGCUGCCGCACAGGGGAACUACAGAAGUCUCGUCCUAUCAGAUGUAAGAGUCUGUCUGUUCUUCCUCUUCCUGCUGCAAUCCGCCUUCUUUAGCACCGGAAACAUUGCGUCAGUCUCUUCCUUCUCGUUGGACGCUGUCUACAGGUUAAUUCCCAUAUUUGAGCCCUUCAGCCAAGCGGCUCUUCUUAUUUUCAAGAUCCUGGCUCCUUUCGCCCUGGUUUCUACCAACCUUGGGUUUCUGACUAAGAGAUUGAAGCUUCAAGGUGGGAGCUUGUUCACGGUUGUUAUGGGUAUCGGUGACUACAUGACCCUGCGCUUCUUCUGGGCCGUAAGAGACGAGGGGAGCUGGCUGGAAAUUGGCGAAAGUAUUAGCAUGUUUGUCAUUGCUUCUGCAUUGUGUGUUUUUGUUGCCGGAUUAGAGGCUUUGUCGGAGGUGUUUGUUAGAGGCGUGGAGUUUGAAGAUGAUAAGCAAGAGGUACGGGGACGGACGGGAUUUCCGUCGGUCGGUCUUGGCUCUGGCGGCCCAAUGAGAGAUAGUCGCUAA